GGGGGGCGCCCCGGCGUGCCCGGGCGAGCCCGGCCCCUCGGCCCCUCGGCCCGCGGAGCCGCCGGGGAGAGCCCGGCCCCUCGGCCCCCGCCUCGAUCGGGGAGGGCUGCACCUGCCUCUGCGGGGGGCGCGGCGCGCGCAGUGCCUCCGCGCGGCCCAAUGGGGGCGUCCCCGGGGGGCGCCCCGGCGUGCCCGGAGCCGCCCGGGAGAGUGCAGACGAGGACGGGAACACCCUUCUGCACCUCUGCAGCGCUCAGGCGGCGGAGACGGCGGAGGACGCGAGCACCGAGAUUGACUGAGCUGCUCCUGAGCGCCGGGGCGGACGCGAACGCCGCCAACCUGCUCGGUACGCCGGCGCCGCCGCCGGGGCCAUGGAGAAGGGCUGGAUCGAAGUCGGGGUGCAGGUGCAGCCAGACAGGAUCCAUUUUGGCUCAAGGCUCAGGUGCACGUUGCCCGCCAUGCCCUCGAAUGAUCCACCAUGCGAUGUUGAUGUGAAUGGUUCCUCGGGGGGAUCCUUGUGCCCGCCGUCGUCGUGGACAACAACUACUUCGCCGUCGUCAUCAGGUACCUCUAGCGCAGCAGGGCAAAAGGCACCAUGGAUGAUCAAAAGCUUGUCCACUGCGCACUCCGAUACUAGGAUUGCCGCGCAGCACAGGCUGCCUGCCAAACUCGCGAUCUUCACAGUGCGAGGUGUGAUGCUUGGUCUUACAGUGCUUCCGCUUUCUGCCCCGAUAGCCAAGGGCUAUGGGGUGCACGGGUAUGCAGAUUUUUCUGGUACGUUAGAUUUGGAUGGUGCGAACACGUGCAGUGCAACACUCGCUGGUUCAUAUUAUCUCCGAGGCAAUCCGCAAUGGAUCGCCCUGGGGAACACAUACAAGUACAGGAUGGCGGCCGUGACUAUCUCUGCAUUCCUUGUGGCCGUGAUCGCGUGCUUCGCCGUGCGCAGUGUGCGGACGCGAACUCAGUUCAUCAUUCACGUGCGGUGUUGGCUUCUGCUGAAUUGGCUGCAAGGGGUCGCCUGGUGCUUCGAACGCAGCUGUAAGUGGUGCGCCGAUUCGGACGACGCCAGCAUAGAGAGAGACUGCAGCCCGCUGUGGCAGGUACGCUCGGUGCUGACAGCCAGCGUGUUCGCAUACCUGACGUUCCUGAUCAGGAUGAGGCACAUGGCAGUGCAGGGCGCGUUUCCAGAGAAGAGGCAUGAGGAGCACAACAUAUUCGACAUCUUCCGGUUGCAAGUGCUGAUCGUCUUGGUGUGUUUCUGCGUUUCUGUCGUGCGCGAGGUUCGGAGCCCAGGCAGCCAGGAUUUGUCGACCAUGACAGCUCUGUGCGUCGUCUUGAAUUUUGUACUCACGGCUGUAAGUAUGUGGUUUUCGCUAUAUCUGUUCAUGGGCCAGCUUCGGGUAGCUGAGGGAGUCGUGAAGACGUCUUCUGGGCGGCGGCGAAUGGAAGCCCAGUGCGUCGUAAGUUCCGUGAAGAGACAACUCAUUGCACAAGCACUAGCGUUCGUCUUCGAUCUCGUAGCUGUCACUCUGGAGACUCUUGCUGCGCUGGAAUGGUCAUGGUUUCCUGGCGAUGCAACGCCAACCUUCCAGAUUGUUAAGUCCAUUUUCUUCGGUGCAGAUAUGGUUAUCAACUCCUGCCUGGUCCUCAGCUACUGGGGGCUUGUGCCCAGGCCAACCCUUUGGGGUCGCAGGGCCAGCCGCCAGACGCAGUGGCAGACGGAGCCGCGGCUGCCGCAGCUCUUCGAGUCCGAGUGGGACCGUAAGGUUGCCGAGCUGGCCAACAGGGGAAUCACCCUCGGAGCGCUCCUGGACUUCUACAUGGGCCUGGGUGUGAGGUACAUGCCGCACUUUGAUCCCGAUGUCCACUCAACGGAGGACGUGGCCCGCCAGGCCAUUAUUCCUUUCACCGCUGCCGACCCAACGUUCGGGCCGUGUGCGCUGGCCACGAAGCUCAUGGAAGGGCGGCCCACACUGGCGCAGCGCAUGGUCACGCACACUUGGCGCAACAAGUUCGCAGACCUCGUAGCCGCCAUCGUGGCAGACGCUCUGGACCAAGCCACGUAUGAGGCAAUUCUGCCCAGACUGAAGCCAGGCAUGAUAGGAUGCUUAAUCGGAGAACUGGAGAAGAGCGGCAGACUAGAGAUGACCUACUGGGUGUGCGUGGCAAGUGUGAACCAGCACGCGUCGAUCUGCGGUCACAUACCGAACGUGCCACAGGGGAGCACUGGUGGUGUGUCUUGUCCAGGGCACCCAGUCUGCACCUGCAGCCACCCCAAGUGGCUCAAUGAUUCUUCGCCUCGCAAUGGCAAUGGUGAAAGUAUAGUUUGCGAGAUGAACAAGUUCGACGCCAUGAUGAUACUUCUCGCCGGCGCCAACGCUAGUUUUAAGCAGGUGAUCGCGUGCGACCGCGAGUUCCAGCUAUUUACGAGAAGUUGGUGCAUCGCGGAGAUCUACAUGGCGCACGAGCAAUGCAUGAAUGCUUCCCUCAUCGUGCACUCUGCUGAAGUUUUGGCACGCCGUCGUGAUGUGGUAGAGCAGCUCGAUGUGCGAAGUAUGUCGGCCUCUCGACCCGAGGAUAAAGAAAUGAUUCUGCGACAUAUUGCAGAUCCUGUCGCAUUCAACGAAGCAAUGAAAUGGGUUCUGUUUGACGAAGGCAAGGGCCUAUUCAAGGGCCAAGGAAUAUUGCACACCGCGGCGUUGCUGGGGCGCAUAUCUAGCACGCGUUACAGGACCGCGGAGACUACCCUGAACAAAGAGCCUGGCGAUUCCGCGGGCCCGGAACGCCCAGUCCUUCUUACAGUGUGAGGGCGGCUGAAGGCGGCCUUCACAUCCGAAUUCGUGCCACUUAACAGCGGUGGCGCCGCUGCCCUUGCGGCCAAUGCUGCGCUGACAGAGCUGGGGGAACGAGAAGAGAGGAGGCCGACAGGUCACGCUCGCGCGGGCGCCGGCGCCUGGCGGACCGACGGAGAGUCGCGGCCGAGUUCGCCAGGCCAGUGGCGGCCCGAGAGCUCGUGGGGCUCCUGGCGAAUGCGAUCCGGUCGUGUGCCUCCUCCCUCUGCCGUGUGUCUUAGUUGUCGGGGCUUACCCAUGGGCUGCUCGUGUGAAAUGAGGUGCUGCGUUCCAGCGUGCACCAGACACGCCCAGGGGCAGGCGGAGUCCGUUCGGGACUGCCAGCACCACACAGCAGCCGCACUGUAAUCUCUUGGGGCUCGAUGGUUGCUCUGCUGUUCUCACACGCGUUGACCUGACACCACAGUCUGCCAGCGGCGCGUCUUCGCCCCCAUCUGAAACGGGACCGUCAGUCGCCCACCUGCGAGCGGCAACAGCAAAAAUCAGGACGCCAAGGCUACCCCUUCGGGGGCAGCGUUGUGGGGCGGGGAUCGGUUCAGGGCGGGACGCAUCGCGCCCUGAUCGCCCAGGCGUUGCCGGUGGGGGCCAGGCGGCCUCCGCUCCCCCGCCCAGGAACGUCUGGUUUCGCUGUCGGUGGCCGUUCGCCG